AUGGAGUUGGGUCCACCACUGCUUUGCUCACGUGUGCGCAUCUCUCCCUUUUCUGCCCCCCAGUGCUUCAUGAACGCCGUGCUCCAGUGCCUGAGCAGCACCAAACCUCUGCGGGAUUAUUGCCUCCACCGCGAAUUCCGGCAGGAGCAACCGGGCGCUCUGCGGACCCAGCAGGAGCUGACCGAAGCCUUCGCAGACGUCAUCGCCACGCUGUGGCACCCCGAUUCCACAGAGGCCGCCAACCCCAGCCGCUUCAAAGCCGUUUUUCAGAAAUAUGUGCCGUCCUUUACAGGAUACAGUCAGCAAGAUGCUCAGGAGUUUUUAAAGUUUCUCAUGGACCGGUUACACGUGGAGAUUAACAGGAAAGGGCGCAAAACACCCAGCAUCCUCUCUGACACCAAACGGCCGUCGGUCCUGGAGGACUCGGAUUCUCUGAGCGAUGAUGAACAAGCCAACCUGAUGUGGAAGCGCUACCUGGAACGAGAAGACAGCAAAAUAGUAGACCUCUUCGUUGGCCAGCUGAAGAGCUGCCUCAAGUGCCAGGCGUGUGGCUAUCGGUCGACCACCUUCGAAGUAUUUUGCGAUCUCUCCCUGCCCAUCCCAAAGAAAGGCUUCACGGGUGGGAAGGUCUCUCUGCUGGACUGCUUCAGCCUCUUCACCAAGGAGGAGGAGCUGGACUCGGAGAACGCACCGGUGUGUGACAAAUGCCGGCAGAGGACUCGAAGCACCAAGAAGCUGACCAUCCAGCGGUUUCCCCGCAUCCUCGUCUUACACCUGAAUCGGUUCUCCACCACCCGUUACUCCAUCAAGAAAUGCUCCGUGUUUGUGGAUUUCCCCCUCCAGCAGCUCAACUUGAAGGAGUUUGCCAGUGAAAAGGCCGGCAGUCCUGUGUACAACCUUUACGCCCUCUGCAAUCACUCUGGCAGCGUCCAUUAUGGCCAUUACACAGCCUUCUGCAAGGACCAGUCUGGCUGGCGGGUUUACAAUGAUUCUCGAGUCUCCCCCAUCAGCGAGAACCAGGUCCCGUCGAGCGAGGGAUACGUCCUUUUUUACGAGCUGGACGACACGCACUGGAAGAAGCAGUAAAAAAGUAUUGAACCCAGCACUUUUUUGCCCUGCCGCCCUCUUACCUCAGAGACUGGUGCUCGGGUUUUUUAAAAUAAAAACAAACAACAACGACAGCAACAAAAAUAAUAAAACAAACAAACGACACUGUGUGGGGUUUGUUUCUAUGAGCGACCCGGGUCAUCGAGAUUUCUUUUAUUUUUUCCCUUGUUGGUUUUAAGGGUUUGUUUAAAAUUCACCAGGUCUUAAGGCAAGACUGGGGAGAAACGGUUGCCCCAUAGAAAGAUCGGGGUUGUGGGGCAAAGCCUGAGAAGAAGAGAGGGUGUGUGAGAGGGGCCUCCCUGUGUCCGUCCAUCCUUCCGUCCAGCCGUCCGUCCUCUCCCGACCCCUCAGGUGACCCUAACGUGUGUUUGCUCACUACUGAUUUUAACGACUCUGUGACUUUGUACAUAAUGAUGGCUUUGUACAUAGAUGACAGGAAAAAAAAUGAAGAGGUUGAAACUUUUUUUGUGAA